AUGGUACAACAACGUUAUGAACACCUAGCGACAGAUGAAAGCAUUGAAACAAAUGAAACAAGCACGAAAGAUAAUGCUAAUGACAAUGGUACAACAACUGCUGAUGUAAUAGAUUUCGUACGGCCUACAUCUUUGAACUCUGGUUAUUCACAUGAUGACUCUAAGAAUAGAAUAGUGCAAGUACUUUUAAAGUAUAUGAAAUUUGUAGGACCGGGUUUAAUGGUAUCAGUUUCAUAUAUGGAUCCUGGUAAUUAUAGUACUGCAGUUGCAGCUGGUUCAGCACAUCGUUAUAAAUUACUUUUUUCAAUAUUAGUAUCCAAUUUUAUGGCUGCAUUUUGGCAAUGUCUAUGUGCAAAGCUAGGUGCCGUUACAGGUUUAGACUUAGCUCAAAAUUGUAAAAAACAUUUACCAUUUGGGUUAAACAUAGCAUUAUACAUACUGGCAGAGAUUGCGAUUGUCGCAACAGAUCUUGCUGAAGUUGUUGGUACCGCAAUCUCAUUAAAUAUUUUAUUUGAUGUUCCCUUAGCAUUAGGUGUUGUUUUAACCGUCAUCGAUGUUUUAAUAGUGUUAAUGGCAUAUAAACCUAAUGGAUCUAUGAAAUGGAUUAGAAUAUUUGAAGCAUUUGUUUCAUUUUUAGUGGUAAUGACUGUUAUAUGUUUUGGUAUUGAAUUAUUUUAUGCAGAUUUAGGACCUGCUAAAGAAAUUUUUAAAGGAUUUUUACCAAGUAGAGCCGUCAUUGAUGCAGAUGGAUUGUAUUUAAGUUUAGCUAUACUUGGUGCUACUGUAAUGCCACAUUCUUUAUAUUUAGGGUCUGGAGUUGUUCAACCAAGAUUGAGAGACUAUGACAUUAAUAAAGGUUACUAUAAACCUGAUAUGAAUGAUAUUGAAAAUAACCAUGAUAAUUAUAAACCGUCAUUUGAAGCUAUUAAUGAAACACUUCAUUAUACAAUGGCAGAAUUAUUAGUAUCAUUAUUUACCGUUGCAUUAUUUGUUAAUUGUUCAAUUUUAAUAGUUAGUGGUGCAACACUUUAUGGUACAACUCAAAACUCUGAAGAAGCAGAUUUAUUUUCAAUUUACAAUUUACUUUGUAGUACAUUAUCAAAGAGUGCAGGUACUAUCUUUGUUGUUGCAUUAUUAUUUUCAGGUCAAAGUUCAGGUAUUGUUUGUACAUUAAGUGGACAAAUGGUUAGUGAAGGGUUUUUAAAUUGGACUAUUGCACCUGCAUUAAGACGUUCUGCUACUAGAGCUGUGGCAAUUACACCUUGUUUAAUUCUUGUUCUAGUGGCAGGUCGUAAUGGACUUUCUGGAGCAUUAAAUGCAUCGCAAGUGGUUCUUUCUCUAUUAUUACCAUUUGUAUCUGCACCAUUAUUAUAUUUUACUUCAAAUAAGAAAAUUAUGAGAGUACAAGUGAAUGGUCAUAACGAUUGUCAACAACCUUCGAAAUCUUCUACAGGUUCAAACAAUAAAUCUAUUCCAUUUAACGAUGAAGGAUCACAUCAAGAUGAAUUUGGUGCUGAUGAAAGUAUAGAAUUACAAGAUCUUCUGAAAUCAAGCCCUAAACAAACAGACACAAACAUUGUGACAAACACUGAUGAUAUAACACCAGAAUAUAAAGACAUGAGCAAUAGUCUUUUCACUACUAUUGCAGCAAUUGCAGUUUGGUUACUUGUAUCUGUGCUAAAUUUUUACAUGUUAGUCAGUUUUGCAAGCAAUCAAGAAGUUCACGUGUAA